AAAACCUGGUUGGCAAGAAAAUGCAGUAAAACUAAUAAUGGCUGGGAAGCCCAUCAGCCAAAUGGGUCUCCCCAACUCCAUUGCCAACCUCUUUCAAGCUCGAAACAUACUCACUGCUAAGGAUGCUUUGUCUUUAACUGAAUUUGAGUUAAUGGAGUUGCUAGAUGUGGCGAUGGAUGUUGUUACUUCCGCUAUAUCACAUAUCAGUGAAAUUGCAUGUCCGCCUUGUCAAACACUAAUUUGAUUCCGAUGGUUCAGAGGUGAUAGCAUACUCAAUCAACGCCCAUGUAAUCUAGCUACCAUGCUCCUCUUGUCUUUCCAGGCACUAUCGCUUAUGGAGAACCAUGUGAAAAAUGACUACUUGGGUGGCCAUCUUCCCACUCGUCUAAAAGGUUUGGAUGAUGCCUUAUGCGGAGGAAUACCCUUUGGUGCUUUGACUGAGUUGGUUGGUCCUGCAGGAAUCGGUAAAACUCAAUUUUGCUUAAAGCUCUCAUUGCUUGCUGCCUUACCGACAAGUUAUGGAGGUUUAGAUGGCUGUGCUAUAUACAUUGAUACUGAGUCAAAAUUUAAUUCAAGAAGGCUUAUUGAGAUUGCAGAGAACAGUUUCCCAGAGAUAUUUCAUCUGAAAGGAAUGGCACAGAAGCUUGCUGGUAGGAUUGUUGUUUUGAGACCAACAUCACUUACAGAAUUCACAGAAAGCUUGCAGCAAAUAAAGUUGUCACUUCUCCAACAUCGUGUAAAGUUGCUUCUUAUAGAUAGCAUGGCUGCUCUUCUUUCGAAUGAGUGUGAGUGGGAUCAGAAAGCAUCCAGACAGGACUCAUUGGGCUGGCACAUGUCAUUCCUCAAAUCUCUUUCUGAAUUCUCAAGAAUACCUGUUGUCGUUACGAACCAAGUGCGGGCACAGAGCAGUGACUAUGCCUCGAGCUAUCCUUUUCAAGUACAUGUAAGGGAUCAGUCAAUCAGGAAUUCGGAGAGAUCUGAAUCUCAUUUGGUUGGUGCUUUGGGGUUCAACUGGGCUCAUGCUGUAAACAUCCGCCUUAUUCUCGAAGCUCAUUCAGGUAAGAGGUUUAUUAAGGUGGCAAAAUCGCCAAUUUCUCCACCAUUGGCAUUCCCAUAUUUUGUGUCCUCAUCAGGAAUUACAUUGGAAACUGACAAUGGAAUCGAAGUGGCUGGACCAGAUAUAAACACCAUUCGCUGCCAAGGUAUGGUGCUGAGGAUUCCUUGAUUGGGAUUCCUUUUAUUCCUCAAUUUGCAGCGCUGCUUACCAGAAUUAUUGCAUCCCCUCCGAAAGAACUUAUGCUUUCUAUUUGCGAAUUGAAGUCUCCCUGUUCAAAAGUGCAUCAUCUUUGUUUUAUGACAUUUGUCUUUUUCCUUUUAGGGCAAAUUACCUUUAAAGUUGAGUUUAGAGGACCAUAUAUCAUGUAUGCUCUUAAUAUGUUUAGACUUAUCUACUCUUACUCGAAAAAAAUAUGUUUAGACUUUAGACUUAUCUUCCUACUAUAAAGAUUGAGAGAUUAAAUGGGGUUUUGAAUAUAAUAUACAGAAAUGCAUGGGGAUUGAGAGAUUUUAAGA